AUGUUGACCAUUGCUCUCCUAGCCCUCCUUUGUGCCUCAGCCUCUGCCAGUGCCAUUCAGUCUCGGUCCUCUUCCUACAGUGGCAAGUAUGGAGGUGGUGGAGGAAAGUGAUUCUCCCAUUCUGGCAACCAGUUGGAAGGCCCCAUCACCACCCUCCGCGUCCGCAACAGAUACUACAUCGUAGGUCUCCAGGUGCGCUAUGGCAAGGUGUGGAGUGACUAUGUGGGUGGGUCCCUGGGAUACCUGGAGGAGAUCUUUCUGCACCCUGGCGAAUCAGUGAUACAGGUGUCUGGCAAGUACAAGAACUACGUGAGGAAGCUGGUCUUCGUGACUGACAAGGGCCGCUACCUGCCUUUUGGGAAAGAUGCAGGCGCGAGUUUCAAUGCUGUCCCCUUGCACCCCAACACCAUGCUAUGAUACAUCAGUGGCCAAGUUGGCGCCAUCAUCGAUGCCAUUGGUCUGCACUGAGACGUCUACCCCAGUGUCUGCCACAGCUGCUGA